GAAAGCAAUGGCGGCUACAAACUCCGCUUCUGCACCGUCUGCGCCUCAAACAACAACCGAAGCAUGGAAGCCCACCUGCGCCUCACCACCGCCCCCUCAGGACCCUAUCCCACCAUCUCCUUCGGCACAGGCUCCCUCGUCCGCCUCCCAGGCCCCAGCAUCUCACAACCCAACGUCUACACUUUCAACUCCACCUCCUACGCAAACAUGUACGACGAACUCCUCGCGAAAGACAAACGCCUCUACAACGCCAACGGCAUCUUACCCAUGCUCGAGCGAAACAAAAACGUAAAAUGGGGACCGGAACGCUGGCAGGAUUGGAAAGUUGGCGUUCCGAGGGUGGGGAAGAGGUGGGUGAACCCCCAGCAACAGGAAGGCGUCGUCGCAGACGCGGAGUAUUCUGAAGAUAAAGGGUAUCAAGGCACCGAAGCCGGGACUGUAGACAUCGUAAUCACAUGCGAAGAACGGUGUUGGGAUGCCGUGAUCGAUGAUUUACUCUCUCGAGGCAGUCCUUUGAAUCGCCCAGUUCAUGUUUUUAAUGUGGAUAUCAAGGAUAAUCAUGAGGAGGCUUUGGUGGGGGGUCGAGCGAUUUUGGAGUUGGCGGAUGCGUUGAAUGCUGCGGCGAGGGAGGAGAGGGAAGGGUUUUUGAGUUGUGGGGGGAGUGCGGAGGGGUUUGAUCGCGGGAGGGCGGGGAGGGAGGGGUUUGAUGAGAGGGUUCCGGAUAUACUGGCGAGGUGGCAGGAGAGGUGGCCGCUUUUGCCGGCGUUGUGGACUUUGGCUUGGUUUUGA